GAAAAGCAAAAGGGCGUCGCGACGCCAGUGCGCAGUGGGACUGCUGGAGUUACCUUUGACAUUUAACCAGCUCGAGCUGGGCUCAGCGGGCUAUUCUUUCCACUUCCUCCUAUUUCCAUUAUGAGCAGAUAGAUACACAUUGUAUUAUGUUCAUCUUCCUUGGGAGAAAUUUGCAGCGUUUUUUCCGGACGAUUUUAUGCGUCCUUGAACAGUUAGAAUCAACGAUUGUACUUUGAUGUUUGCCCUUUUUAAUUAUUAGUCACGAAUGAGUAGCGCUCACUUGCUACUAGUAAUUAUUUAUUCGAAAAGUUGGUUGGUGAAGCGCAAUAGUUUUAUGGAUUUUUGUGUCAAGUCCGGUGUACGAAAAUAAGUCGUUCCAUCUGGUAGCGACAUUUGUUUCAUUGAUUUCCCGGCUUCCGGCUAAUCUACAGUCGUAAAAUUACAUUUUGUAGUGUGUUGACUUUGUAAAAGUCGGAAGCGUCUUCGUGCUCAUUGUGCGAUAUUCGGUCCGUCGUUUCAGUGGGCUCCAGAGCCAGUGCUCGUCGAUCAAUAGGGUUUCGUCUCGACGCCUAGAUCGGGUACACCCGCAGAUUCGCACCUUACUGUAAACGUUAUUGCGAACGCAGUCAGUGCUCGUUUAUCGCAUCGGCGGUAAAAUGGAUUUAAAAACGUAUUUAUCCACCUCCUUGUAACAUGUGCCGACAAAUGAAAUCAAGCCCAAAACCACUGUGUUGAUAACAAGUUGUGUUAUUGUUUCUCAUUCAAGUGGAGCGGUUUUGCAAACAAAUCAUUGCGUUUAUUACCGGAUUUUCAUAUUAAUGGAAAAAGUUAACGCCGGAUAAUAAAUCAAGUGCAACUCUUCGGAAAAUUGGGGCUUUCCAUGGACAUGUAGAUAAUUUAGUUUUAUUGACCCGAAUUAUUCCAAUUGUAAAUAGCUAGAAUAAUGUGGAUAACUUGGGAUCCAUUCCAAAUCGUCUAAAGUGGACGGACGUCCUCGUCAGCCAUGCUCAUCAAGGAAUAUCGUAUUCCUCUGCCUCUCACGGUGGAGGAAUAUCGAAUUGCUCAGCUGUAUAUGAUUGCUAAAAAAAGUCGCGAGGAGAGCAGCGGGGCAGGCAGUGGUGUCGAAAUUCUGGUCAAUGAGCCUUACAAAGAUGGGCCUGGCGGACAAGGACAGUACACCCGUAAGAUAUAUCAUGUGGGGAGCCAUUUACCAGGAUGGCUGAAGGGCAUCCUCCCGAAAACCGCCCUAAUGGUGGAAGAGGAGGCGUGGAACGCGUAUCCAUACACCAAGACGCGGUACACAUGUCCCUUUGUCGAAAAGUUCUCCCUCGAGAUCGAGACCUAUUAUUACCAGGAUAACGGGCACCAGGAGAAUGUGUUUAAUUUAACUGGGAGUGAUCUAAGGAACAGGAUCGUCGAUGUGAUAGAUGUAGUGAAGGAUCAGUUGUACGGUGCUGACUACGUCAAAAAUGAGGAUCCGGUGUAUUUCAAGUCGGAAAAGUCCGGCAGGGGGCCGUUAUCGGAAAAUUGGCUCGAGGAGUAUUGGAGGGAGGUUCAGGGAAAACAACAACCGUUACCUAAUGGAAAGUCUCUAAUGUGCGCUUAUAAAUUAUGCAGAGUGGAGUUUAGGUAUUGGGGGAUGCAGACGAAAAUCGAGAAAUUUAUUCACGAUAUAGCGCUUCGGAAAACAAUGCUGAGGGCUCAUAGACAGGCGUGGGCUUGGCAAGACGAAUGGCACGGUUUGACUAUGGAGGAUAUUAGGGAAAUAGAAAAACAGACGCAGCUUGCGCUGAAGAGGAAAAUGGGGCAGGUGGAGGACGAGGAAAUUGACGAAGAUGAUAAUCUGAAUAACAGUACACCUAAAGAAGACCCGGUAAAAACCCUAGCUGCGACCCUCGGCAGCAUAGAAGUAUCAGAAGACAGUCCCCUAAUGACUAAAAAUUCAAACAUUCCUUCAAUCCAGACCGCAAUCAGUUCCGACGGUGACUUAUCACCGGAAGACGAAACAGGAGUGCAUUGCAAACGCGAGGAGAAAUGGCAACAGCGAGGUUUGCACUCCCCGAGCUCUUCAUCGAUCAAAAGCUUCGAUUUGCAAGUGGCGAAUUGGAGGAUUGAAAGUCUGGGACGCGACUCGGAUUCCGGGUCGGACGAAGAGUUUUUCGACUGUGAAGAUUCGUCCUCGUUGGCCAAGUGGAGCUCGUUGGACUUGCUGACCGAGGAGGACGCUGAUACUACCUCACCGACGGUCGUGGUUGACAAAAACGACGACAGCAUAUUCUCCCCUACAUUCCUGCAACGCGUGGCGAGCGAACGCAGCAACCGCAAGAUGAUGCAGAGAGGCAAAGUGAACUCGCUUGAUGCCUCAUGUCCGGAGUCUCCGACUGCGUCCCCCGCACAUCUUCCAUGCAAUACCACAGUAUUAUUGUUAGUGCUUCACGCUGGGAGUGUCCUAGAUGCCAACAUCGACAUGGCGGCGAAGAAGUCGGACGUGACCACCUUGCGUGGGGCUUUCGAGUCGGUUAUGCGCCAGCAUUAUCCGUCGCUGUUAGGCCAUGUUGCGAUUCGAUUGGUGUCUUGUCCCUCUAUCUGUACUGAAGGCCUUGCAAUCCUGUCUAGUCUUAGUCCGUAUAGUUUCGAUGUUUCGCCUUCGUGUAUCGAUGUACCUCAAAUCACACACGACUCCAUUCCGAUUGGUGCUAUUCCAAUCCUGGCCAGUUCCACCUCUGACUAUCAAGAAGCGGUUUCACGGACAAUCAAUGCAGCAAAUACCACUUAUCAAGAGUUCUUAAAGUCAGAGGAGGGCCAGGGUUUCGCCGGUCAAGUGUGCAUCGUUGCGGAUUCAAUUGGUUCAAUAUUAGCUUAUGACGCUUUAUGUAGAUCGACGAAAUACCAGUCAAGGCAUGGCAGUGAGAACAGUAUUUUAGACAAUGAUAAUUACCACAGAGGCAAGUCAGGAAUUUUUACGUUACAAAAACACGUAAAGUUGCUUUUAGACGAGGUUCAAAUCAACGAAACUGGGUACUUGACGGCACCCUCUCCUCGCAGAAGAUCGUCCUCAACCAGCGAUCAAUCCAAUCAGAUGAAGUUCGAGUUCGAUACGACCGAUGUGUUUAUGUUUGGUAGUCCUUUAGCGUUAGUUCUAGCCUAUAGAAAAAUUGCAGCAACUGAUGAAAAAUCCAAUACCAUAACCCGUCCAAGUUGCGUGCAAGUUUACAAUUUGUUCCAUCCCACUGAUCCAGUAGCUGCACGUUUGGAGCCACUUUUGUCGGCACGGUUUUCGAUUCUGCCGCCGGUGAAUGUGGCAAGAUAUGCGAAGUAUCCCCUGGGAAACGGGCAACCGUAUCACUUGCUCGAAAUUCUUCAAACUAAUCCUCAGAUGUUUAGUGAUUCUUCACAACAUAGACGGUUAUCUGAGGUUUCUAUACAAAGUACAGUUUCUGGAUUAAUUGAUAAUAUACCCCUUCAAGCUAUUAAUGCUUUGCAACAAAAAUGGUGGGGUGGCAAACGAAUGGAUUACGCGUUAUAUUGCCCUGAAGGCUUGUCAAACUUCCCCACCAACGCCCUGCCACACUUAUUCCACGCAAGUUACUGGGAAAGUUGCGACGUGAUCGCUUUUAUUUUGCGCCAAGUUGGCGGUAUUGAAGCUGCACCUUUGUCAGGUGUUGAGGAUAGGGAACUAUGUUUCAAACCUGGACAACCUCGGGAGAAAUGGAUGAAAAAGCGAACGUCGGUCAAAGUGAAAAAUGUCACAGCUAAUCAUCGGGCGAAUGAUAUAAUCGUGCGAGAAGGCGCACCUCAGGUGUUAUCAGCCAGGUUUAUGUACGGGCCCCUAGAUAUGGUCGCAUUGACCGGCGAAAAAGUCGAUAUUCAUGUAAUGAAGGAAGUGGCGGUGGGAGAAUGGGUUCAGAUAGCUACAGAGGUGACGGAUAAAGCCGGGAGAAUUACUCAUACAAUCCCGGAAGAAAAAACAUUGGGUUACGGUUUAUAUCCUAUAAAGAUGGUGGUAAGGGGUGAUCACACCUCUGUCGAUUUUUUUAUGGCUGUAGUUCCUCCAAAAACCGAAUGUGUGGUGUUUAGUAUUGAUGGGUCCUUUACUGCCAGUAUGUCAGUGACGGGAAGGGAUCCGAAAGUUAGGGCGGGGGCUGUUGAUGUCGUUAGACAUUGGCAAGAGCUUGGUUACCUCAUCGUUUACAUAACUGGAAGACCUGACAUGCAGCACCGAAGAGUUGUGUCAUGGUUAUCCCAACAUAAUUUCCCUCAUGGUCUCGUGUCAUUUGCUGAUGGUCUUUCAACCGAUCCUUUAGGACAUAAGGCUGCUUAUCUUAAUAACUUAAUCCAAAAUCAUGGUGUAAUUAUCCAUUGUGCAUACGGUAGCAGUAAAGACAUAAGUGUAUAUACCUCAGUCGGACUGAAACCUAAACAAAUCUUCAUCGUCGGCAAAGCGUCAAAGAAACAACAUGCUCAAGCAACAAUCCUAGUAGACGGCUAUGCCGCCCAUCUCACCAUGCUGAUGGCCCAUGGGGGCUCCCGACCUGCGCAAGGAAACGCCCGAAUGGUUCUACCACGCGGCUAUUUCGGUCUGCCAGGCCAAAGUUUUAACCGAAGGAGAAGCCGUUCCGCCAAAAGAGCCACAUCUUAUCCGAUCGCCACCGAGGUCGUUACUCCACUGGAAAGAUCACUAAGUUCUCGUCGGUAUCAAUUGCCAAAACCUACGCUUUCAACUAUUGGAAAUAGUUCCGGAUAAGUAGCUCCCAGCGAGCUUGAAAAUAUACAUAGUACUAUAAAAAAACACUUUUAGAUCUUGCCAUUGUUUAUAUUUUUCUACCUUUAACACAGAAAAAAUAUACUAUGAUUGAAAAAGUGUUGUUGUCGGCUGUUACACUGAAACAAAGUAUUUUUUGUAACAUUGCGUUUCUGCUAUUGUUGCAUACAAUGAACAAGUAAAAGGAACAAACUAGUUAUUAGUGUUGGCAGUUUUUUCUUUGUGUACUUACUUACAUAUCUUUUAAGUGAUUUUCUUUACGUAACUUGAAAAAUGUGAUUGUACACUGUUCCAGAAAGCGUAAUAUGUACUUAAAACUAAGGGAUAAUUAGACAAUUAAAUAAGAUAUAUCUAAAGAUGCUUGUUCAUUGUUAUAAAUGUGUUGUGUAAAUAACUAUUACUGUAAAAAUAUAGAUAGAAACAUAAUAAAAACUAUAUUUUGAAAGAGUAACAAAUAUUUUUAUUUAGGACACGUCGAAAAAGAGAUAUUCAUAUUUUUCUUAUUUUUCAAGUUUGUAGUCAUAGGACACGAAGUUGGUUUAUUCCAUACUGAUGUUACGCUUUCCAAAAAUAUUGUAAUUUUAACUGUUGAUCAAAAUAUUAUGUACAAUUUUUUCGUUACCAAAGUUUGCUUUUAUAUCUCUCUUGUUAUGUUACAAUAACAAUAAAUGUGACGAAAUUCCUGUUGUUCUGUAGAUACUCCAUUUGAGACAUAUCAUUUAAAAAAAUACACGAAAGUACCUGUUGUAGGCCAAAUAAUCUAAAUUGGAGGUCACUCUCUUUAAAUAAUCGAAAAAUGAGCAAUAGACAACUAAAUGAAGUAUCUACACAUUGUGUAUGAAUUCCUGCAAGUUAUUAUGGUUAGGUGCGUGACAUGUUUGGUACCUCAAAUCGCCGUUAAUUGGUAGGGAUGUUUUUUGAGUUACAACAAAUAAGUUUAUUGAAUUUAUCUGAAAAUAAGUGUAGAGAUGAAUAAAACUAAAAAUAA